AUGUGCAAUUUAAAGAGUGAUGUGUUUGCAGAUCGGGUUCAGGAGGAGACUGACCAGGUGAUCGGUGGACGGCAACCUGUAACAGAGGACAGGAAGAACUUACCGUAUACAGACGCUGUGAUUCAUAAAACCCAGAGAUUUGCAAACAUAGCACCCAUGAGUAUCCCUCAUAUGACCAGCUGUGAUGUUACCUUCAAUGGAUACUUCAUCAAAAAGGGCACGUUUGUAUUUCCUCUUCUAAUGUCUGUACUGUGGGAUGAGGAUGAAUGGGAAACACCCCACACUUUUAACCCCAAAUACUUCCUGGAUGAGCUUGAUCAAUUUGUGAAGAGAGACGCCUUCCUGCUCUUCUCUGCAGGUGAUGUAGGGCUUGAUUGUCCUCUUUAUUAAGGAAAUAUCCUUUUUAAAUGGUCUCAAAUAAAGUUAAUUAAUCAAGGCUUCUGGCUUUGAUACUUUCAAAUGAGUAAAAAGCUAUAAUAUUUCCAAAAUUAUUAGGAUAUUCAGGCAUAACAUAACAUUUAAGGCCUAUUGAAAACACAAGAGUUAUAGAGGGUUAUGAAUUCUUCUCUCUCUCUUCUCUCAGUAAAGUUAGUAUAGUUUGAUAGUGCUUGAACAAAUACAGGAAUGUGGUUGGGAACCCCUGUUUUAAAUAUUAACUAGUGCUAAACUGCUCACUGCAUCAUAUAAUCAACAUGAACCAUCAAUGUAUGAAUCAAACUCACUGCAAACAGUUUUUUUUCUGUAUAAUUUUUUAUAUCUAUGUAUGUAGUAAGUAACCACAAGUCGACUGCCCCAGUAUUAGAAGAUCUGGAGACCUGAUUCAAACAUCAAACAAACUGAGUCAAAGAUCCUGUGGGUGCUUUCGAAUCACUGCUUUGUGAAGCUUCAAAACUUUUGUGAAUAAAUUGUUUCGAAACAGUGAUUCCGAGCGUGUAUCAAACUGCCAAAGUCACGUGAUUUCAGUAAAGGCUUCAUUGUGUCAUAACUGUUUUGAAUCUUUGAAUCUCUGUAAACCACUGGAAACCCGUGAAUCAAUCGAGUUCAUUGAGAUCGCCCCCAGCGGUGAACCAUUAAACCAGUGAUUUUUAGAUCAUUUUAACAAGACAUUUGUGUAAUUAAAAGGAUGAGAAGUAGUUAUAGUCUCUUACUGGCUUCUGUAUACAAGCUCUCCACAAAACAAACCCUUAAAAUUAAUAUUGAAUUAUUUUAAAAACAACAUAUUAUACAGACACUUCAUAUUUAAUUGUAUUUUAUUACAUUUAAUGUAUUAUACUAUCAAUAAAACAUUUGCAAUGGGUUUGUAAAAGCUGUUUUUAUGCAUGUUUUAGCCUCAGUUUUGUUGAAUUUACACACUUUGACCAGCAGGUGUGUGGUGUUUCUAGAUCCGUGGAAACUAUACAUUUUUUAUCUUUUUAUCUUAUUUUUUAAUGUAAGAGCUGGCAUGAACUUGAGUGUUCGAGGCAGUUUCAGCAAUCUCCAUUUAGCCCUAUUUAGCUGUGCAAAACAGUUUAUUGUGCUGCUGGAUGCUGUAAACUGGUAUUUGUAUUUUAAAUCAUUUUACAUUUAUUAACGUACUAAAAAACACAUUUGUAGCACAAACUGAUCACCAGAAUUUAUGUGUCAAACAUCAGAUGUGAAGCACUGCAGUUAAUGAACUGAAGUCUUCAAAAGACACAAGUAUUUCUUUCCAAGAAAACUGAAUUUAAAAACAGUAUAUAUAUAGAAUAUAUUGAAAUACACUGGGUUCAAAAGGGUUAUCAAUGAGUAUGUUUAGGAUUAGGAGUUGGCAACAAUAAUUGCACAAGUUAGUUCAUACGUUUAUUUCUGUUUAACUUUAUUUCUCACUUCAUAAAUCCAUCCAAAAUUCAUACAAAACAACACAUGUA